UGGGCUGAGGGGGCAGUGCCCCCCCAGACCCCAGCGGGUGGUUUGGGGGGUGGCAGGUGUUACUGCCCCGCAGCCCUUGCUCUGGCACGAGUGAAAUAUCCGCGUGGGAAAGAGGGAGGGAUGUGGCCUGCUAAUGGGCCGCACCCUGGGCUCUGCCCCCCCCCACCCAGCUGGGCCCUGGGCUAUGAUCUGGUCUGUAACGAGUCCCAGUUUGGCUUCAGGGCGAAGUGACCCACCUCUAUCCCCGAAGGGGGAGAGGGUACAACGUUCUCCACUCAGAGCCCCCUGAAAGCGCCUCCUGCCCAAUGCGUGGUGCCGGGUGACCCUGAAGACCUUCAUUCACAUCCCAUCACCAUUCCCACCCCCCACACACACACCCCCCCACGCAUCCCGCUGCGGGAGCUCACAGCUGGCGCUCUGGGUCAGCAGCCGGUCAGGCCUGGAGAGCAGGAUGGUCCCUGCUGUGCUCCGGCUGCUGCACGGGAAAGGGCUGUCCCCUCCGAGGCUGUUCCCCAGGCCAGGCUCCCCUUGUCUUCCGCAGGAGCUCUGGGUCUGCAGUCAUUCCUCCAACAUCGUGGGGGCUGGUCCCUGGGGGAGAGAUGGGGCCCAACCGCACCUCUCACAGUGGACCCCCGCACUUGGUAAAGGGGACAGGAAAAGCUUUGAAGCAGUCAGGGCCCCACUGAUUCAAGCACUUCUUUUGCGUGUGCCCGCCCUGAAGAAGGGAUGGCUUUGUGAGCAGCAGGGUGGGGGGACUUUUUCUCCCCCUGGCCGCAACAGUGCUGCUGGUAUCUGGUCUUGUCGGCUUUUUCCAGGAGCAGAACCACCCAACCCUUCUCUGGGAGUCCGUGGGGGCAGUUUCACUGUCACUGGGGAAGGGUUCUGCCUGUUGGCACUGUGGUAGGUGAGUCCCUCAAGCUUUACUGGUCCCUGUCAGGCUGGGCAGGGCUGUUCUCCUCAUCGUAAAGAUGGAGACAGUGAGCGGCUAAGUGACAUGCCCAAGGCACAGGGAAGCUGCAGCAGAGCCGCAAAACAAACCCGGCUCUCCCAGGUCCCAGAUUUUCCGUAAAGACCCUGCUGGAGAAAUACACCACGGAGCCCAUUGACGAUUCGUCGGAGGAGUUCAUCAACUUUGCUGCCAUUCUAGAGCAGAUCCUGAGUCACCGUUUCAAAGGUCCCGUCAGUUGGUUCAGCUCCGAUGGGCAGCGCGGCUUCUGGGAUUACAUCCGCCUGGCCUGCAGCAAGGUCCCCAACAACUGCGUCAGCAGCAUCGAGAACAUGGAGAACAUCAGCACUUCUCGGGCCAAGGGCCGGGCCUGGAUCCGCGUGGCGCUGAUGGAGAAACGCAUGUCGGAAUACAUCACCACGGCCCUGAGGGACACCAGAACCACCAGAAGGUUUUACGACGACGGGGCUAUCAUGCUGCGAGAGGAGUCCACCGUGCUCACUGGGAUGCUGAUCGGCCUCAGCGCCAUUGACUUCAGUUUCUGCUUGAAAGGGGAAGUAAUGGACGGGAAAACCCCUGUUGUCAUUGACUACACCCCGUAUCUGAAGUUUACACAGAGCUACGAUUACCUGAGCGACGAGGAGGACCGGAGGAGCAUGGAGAGCAGCACGAGCGAGGAGAGCUCCCCCGAGCACCCCUACCAGCUGCUGGUCACCGACGAGGACAGCUGGUACAACAAGUGGCGUAAGAUGGAGCAGAAGUUCCGCAUCGUGUAUGCGCAGAAGGGGUACCUGGAGGAGCUGGUGCGGCUCCGGGAAUCCCAGCUGAAGGACCUGGAGGCGGAGAACAAGCGUCUGCAGAUGAGGCUGGAGGAGGUGAAGGUGCAGAACCAGCUGGAGAAGAGGGAGCUGGAGGGCGUCAUCCUGGAACUGCAGGAGCAACUGACGGGCCUGAUCCCCUGUGAGAACACCCAGCUCUCCAAGGAGAUGGCCACGCCGCUGGCGAACCAGUGGCCGUCGCUGGGGACCCUCAAUGGGAACGAGAGCGGGUCAGACGCCAAGCUGUACAGGAGGCACAGCUUCAUGAGCACGGAUCAGCUGUCGGCGGAGAUCAGCCUGAGCUCGGAUUCCCAGAGGCUGGGGGAAGGCAAGCAAGAAGGAGAGCCCUGGGGGCCAUUGGGGAAGGACCCCACCCCAUCCAUGCUGGGGCUCUGCGGCUCCCUGGCCUCCCUCCCAAGCUGCAGGUCCCUGGCCAGCCUGAAAUCUAACGAGUGCCUGGUGAGUGACAGCAACGAAGCCAGCCCCACCCACAGCCCCAGUUGAGACGCUGGGCGGCGCCACUUGUCCUGGGAUCGGCGGGUCCCACCGGGGAGCCAAGAGGCGAACCAAGGAGCCGCCACCAUCUCAAACCAACGGGACCAAAGCGACAGGCAAAUGGACCUUACUGAACUUCUUGAGGGGCUGGGGCAGCCAGCCCCACCCUGGCUGAUUCGCUGCAUCCUUACAGACGCGGGCCCCAUUCCUACCGAGGGACGCUUAACCGAGUACUUAAUAUCCUACGCGCGUACGGAGCCGGAAGGAUCCCGACGUGCUUUGUGAAAUGUGCUGCAGAAAAGCAGCCACCUCUGGGGUGGACCAAGGCAGCCGUUUAACCGCCGUGCUGCACAGCAGCUGAAGGACAGGGCGUGAAGAAGGAUCCUGCCCCUGACUGAAAUUGCAAAAGUGGGAGGAGUUGGGGGGGGAGGUCAGGACAUAAAUCCUGCAUCUGGAGCUUUCGCUUGGCUGGAAAGGGUGAAGCGGGGAGGCGGGGUGGGGCACUGUCACACGGCCAUGGCCUCCCCUUGGGGCCCGCCCUGGCCAGCGUCCCACCCUGGGGACUUUAUCGCUGCUCUGGAACCAGCUGAUUGGGGCCGAGAUGCCUCCUCCCAGCAGGACGCUGUGUGGCCCCCCAGGCGCGUGAGACGCCCAGUGCAGGGAGCUGGGGGGCUGGGAAGGGGAGGAACUGUCAGCUCAUACCUGCUUCCCUCAGCCCGGCACCACAGCCAUGGACUUCUGUGCCCUUCUGCCACGGGCCGGAUGCUUUGACAAAGCGGCUUUGCAGCCCAGGGGCCUGUCUGCCCCGUGGAGGUGAGACUCCCCCAGACUGCUCCCUCCUUCGGUUUUGCGUGCCCCGUCAUGCCCAGCAACCAUCCCCGCCUCGGUGCGGGGAGGGGAUUCUGCCUCCUCCACCACCCAUGUCCUGCUGCUGCCCUGCGUGUCUCGCUCCUGAGCGCCCCCAGCCGGGCCAGGUCGCGCACCCUCUGACGGGGAGCAUCGCCCCAGCGCCCCCCUGACGUUUUCUAGCCCCGGCUCGGGGGAGGCCCUGUCGAAGCAAACAGACAAUAAAUGCAGAUAUGAGCUG